AUGGCUGAAAAUGUUGGAGAAGAAGAAGAGGGUGCGCAGAACAUGACUAAUCCUAUUGUCUUGGCGGAUGAUAGAGCCAGGGCAAUAAGAGAAUAUGCUGCCCCUAUGUUCAACGAGCUCAAUCCGGGCAUUGUGAGGCCCGAAAUUCAAGCACCUCAGUUUGAGCUCAAACCUGUCAUGUUCCAAAUGCUCCAAACAGUUGGUCAAUUUAGUGGGUUGCCAACGGAAGAUCCUCAUCUCCAUAUUCGCUCAUUUUUGGAGGUGAGCGAUUCUUUCAAGCUACAAGGAGUGAGUGAAGAGGCUUUGAGGCUGAAGCUAUUUCCGUUCUCUUUGAGGGACCGAGCUAGAUCAUGGCUCAACACCCUUCCUCUCGAUUCCGUUACAAAUUGGAAUGACUUGGCUGAGAAAUUUCUAAGAAAAUACUUCCCUCCCACCAGAAAUGCAAAAUUUCGAAGUGAAAUCAUGUCAUUCCAGCAGCUUGAAGAUGAGUCCACUAGUGACGCGUGGGAAAGAUUCAAAGAGCUUUUAAGAAAAUGUCCACACCACGCCUCUCGAAUGGUUUUGGACGCUUCAGCCAAUGGAGCCAUUCUUUCCAAGUCUUACAACGAAGCAUUUGAGAUUUUGGAAAGGAUUGCAAGUAAUAACUAUCAAUGGUCAAACACUAGAGCUCCUACAAGUAGAAAGGUGGCGGGAGUUCUUGAAGUAGAUGCAUUAACAGCUCUAACAGCUCAAAUGGCCUCAAUGACCAACAUCUUGAAGAAUAUGAGUUUAGGAGGAAGUAUUCAGCCAGCUGCUGCCAUUCAAAGUGCAGAAGUAUCAUGUGUAUAUUGUGGGGACGGGCACACUUUUGAGAAUUGCCCUUCAAAUCCAGCCUCGGUUUGCUAUGUGGGUAAUCAGAAUUUCAACCGCAACAACAACCCAUAUUCUAGCACUUACAAUCCAGCGUGGAAAAAUCAUCCUAAUCUGUCAUGGGGGGUCAAGGAGCAAGUUCAAGCAUAG